AUGUACAACGACACCUACACCAACGUCCGCCAGUUCCUGCGAGUCCCCUUUGCCCAGCCUCCCGUGGGGGAUCUCCGCUGGGAGCCUCCCCAGAGACUGCCCGACUCUUCCAAGAGGAUCGACUCGACCAGAUUUGGGCCGGCAUGCCCGCAGUAUGUCAGCACGGGAGAAAGCAUGUGGGCCGAGUAUGAGCCCGCCAGUCUCCUGCUGAGCAUUGGCGAGGCAGACAACGAGGGCUCCGUCGCCUGGUCGUCCGCCGAGGACUGUCUGUCGCUCGCCAUCUGGACGCCCGCGUAUGCCAACCGCACAUCGAAGCUGCCCGUUGCCCUGUUCGUGACAGGUGGUGGUGGCAUCACGGGCGGGAUUGAGGUGCCGUCGCAGUUGCCCGCGCAGUGGGUGUCGCGAUCCCAGGAACACAUCGUCAUCACGAUCAACUACCGGCUGAAUAUCUUUGGCAACCCCAAAUCCAGCGCACUGAAAGAGACCUCGUUGACCAUGCUGGACGUCCGCGCUGCUGUCGAAUGGGCGUACGAGAAUAUCGAGGCGUUCGGAGGUGAUCCUGAAAACAUCAUGCUCUGGGGCCAGUCUCAAGGCGCCGCGUUAACCCAUCUCUACACGCUCGCCUUCCCCGACGACCCCCUCGCCGCCAAGUUCGGCAUCAUCUCCCAGCCGCCCUCGGUGACGAUCAACAUGUCUGACACGACCGAUGUCUGGGAGGACUUCCACAUCGUUGCUGUCGGUCUGGGCUGCAACUAUGGCAACGACUCCCAGGCCGAGCUGGAAUGCAUGCGCCAGGUGUCUUGGGUCCAGAUUGAGGAAUACAUCAACAGUUAUGACGGCUCCCCGCAGAUCUCGUUUGGCAAUUAUAUCCCCGACGAGAAAUACAUCUUCUCCAAUCAAUCCGAACGAUAUGCCCUGGGGAAAGUCGCCCGUGGCCCGGCCAUCCGCUCGGACGCCUCGCGUGAGAUGGCCGGCUCCCAGGAAGACAUGACGAUGGAGGUCGAGGGCGAAUGGAUCUGCACGGCGUGGAUUGAUGCAAAGCGCCGGGCAUCUCUUGGCCUAGAGACCUAUCGCUACGAGUGGGCGGGCAACUUCUCCAACAUCAGUCCCGUCUAUUAUCUCGGCGCCUUCCACUGGUCAGAUCUGCUGAUGAUCUUCGGUUCCUACGAAAUCGACGUCGGAGAGAUCUCGGACCUGGAGAUCACCACCUCGCAAACGAUGCAGGAUUACAUCCUGGCGUUCCUCAAGGACCCUUCCACCAUCGGUGCAACUGUCGGCUGGCCUGCCUUUGACUCGGGAGCGGCGAAUGGCGGGCUGAUCCUGGAGUUUGGCAACAACACGGCUGUCAAGAACAUCACCGGCUAUGAACUGGAGGCUGGUUGCUGGAACUCGUCCAUUCCCUUCCUCAUCUAUGAGCCGAGGGAUUGA